AUGGAAGACGUUCCGGAGGAGUUUAAAGCAAACUGGACGGAUGAAAUCCGACUGAGCGAGCAGGAGGACUCGAGGUUUAAAGAUUUGUAAGUUCAAUAGCUGUCAGAUGAUUGUGCAAGUCUAGAAGACUACUGUAGCUCAGGGAAGUGUGUUCCGUUUUAGAUCUCAAUGUGAAGUGGAAGAUUGGAACCAGAAGACUAUCGACAUCAUUCCCAAACAAUCGGUUCAUAGACAAUGGAUUGAUAAGGGUCGAUUCUCCCGGAGAGAAAACAGCUCGUCCAUUUCCACGUCUCCAGGGCUUUUGGCUGCUUUUGCAUACAAAGAUCAUAUAGCGGUCACACUGACGGCUACCAACCUCUUCAAGUAACAAUAUCAUAAGUUUCUAGUUUCAUUUUUACUUCUUUUCAGCCGCUCGUUGUAUUGUCGUUAUUACGAUUGCCGGCAGAAAGAAAUGGUGCGUCAACGCGCGUCGUUCGUCUUUCCCGAGUCGACAGUUUACUGCCCGAGAAGAGCCGGAGCAAAGUUCAUCUCGCUGACCGAGAGCAUUGAGGACACGGCCGAAUACCCGGUCCCAAUUGUGAAGCGACUAACUCCCACGCACUUUUUCACAGUUUGCCUCUCCGUCUCGUUGAACGACUCCAACGCUCUUCAACUGGCACAGUUCAUAGAGCAUCAUAAACUUCAAGGAGCAAGCUUCUUUCACAUUUAUGUAAGAGGCUCGCGUGCCUACAACAGAGCGAUUCUGGACGACUAUGAACGGACGGGCGAUGUGAAAGUCAUUCUGCUUCGGAAUGAGGAGAACUUUGAAAGGGACGAGGUGUGGACUAACGACUGCCAUCAUCGCAACAAGUAUUUCGCCAAGUGGACCGCCUUUUUGCACCUAGAAGAUCGGUUGGAAAUGCGAAAUGAGAAGAGUACAGUUGUCGCCUAUUUGGAGUAAGUUCCUAGAGAAUCUGAUCAGAAAACAUUGAGUUUUUGAGUGAGGUUCCCGGUCCCAAGGCUAGUGUCUUGAGAUGGAAGAACUCUAAUAGCACUUCACGAUUGGUCGUUCGUCCGGAGCGAGUGAGUUUGGGCACUUUCCACGUGGCAAAUACAAAAUUUCAGGUGAUCGCCAUGAACCACGAACCUAUUGAUGUGUACGUGGGCGAGCGGAUGACAAAAGUCGAUGACUCUGUCGGAGUUUUGAGGUCCACCUACCCGAGCAUUUUAUCACUCUCAAUGACCAACAAUGAGGAGCAUUUGACUGAUCCAGUCGCUGGAAAUGUACUCAACAUCCUUUUUCUUGUACAACUUCUGCAAACCUCUGAAUUUCAGGUUUUAUCCCGCACAAACUGGGUGUACACAACUGUAGACGUGUCGUGUGCGAAGAAACAAGACGCCAAUCGGAAGAUGGGCAGGAGUGCCACGUGUACAUCAAAAAUUCUCAUGUAG